AUGGAGCGCGAGCGUGAAGUGGUGGAGCAGGCGGCGGCGGCGGAACAGAUCCCUCGGCCGAUUCGACGUCGGACGUUUGUCUGUCGCGAGCACGACGUAGCUCACCAACGUCUAUUCACAGACUAUUUUGCCGAGCAACCACGGUGGGGCCCGACGGUUUUUCACCGCCGUUUUAGAAUGCGGCGAGAUCUUUUUGUCAGCAUUGUCCAGACGUUGGAGGCACGUGAUGAAUACUUCCAGUAUCGGGAAGAAGGCAUCUGCAGACCCGGACUUACGCCGUUGCAGAAGUGCACGGUUGUGCUCCGGCAGUUGGCCUACGACACCACGGCGGAUAUGUUCGACGAGUACCUUCACGUUGGGCCGACUGCUGAGGAUUGCCAGGCACUGAUGAAGAUGCACGAGACGGCGCACGACUUUCCUGGAAUGCUAGGGAGCAUCGAUUCAGAGUCAAACAACGACAUCAACGUCCUCAACUCAUCCAACCUCUUCGCCGAUCAAUGCAGGGGUCGUGGCCCGGCCAUCGAGUUCACUGCCAACGGACGUCAAUAUCGUAUGGGGUACUACUUGGCCGAUGGCAUAUACCCAAGGUGGCCUGUUUUUUUGAAGUCAAUCAGUUGCCCAAUGGGUGACAGGAGAGUGUUAUUUGCGGCAAAGCAGGAGGCUGCGCGGAAGGAUGUGGAGCGGGCUUUUGGUGUGCUCCAAUCGCGGUGGGCAAUAGUGAAAGGUCCGACGCGUUUCUGGUUCAAGGAAGUCAUCGCCGAUGUCAUGUAUGCGUGCAUCAUCUUGCAUAACAAGAUAGUCGAACAUUAA